AUGGAGUUAUACAUGCAGCUGAAUAUCAUGGUGACAUGCUUUGCAAGCUUGCCUGUAGUGGCAUACCCUCCUGUCAACAUUCGCUCAAACCAUAGUCGAUUAUGUAGUAAAACGAAUAAAUCCAACGAAGUUCGAAAAGAAGGAAAUAGACUUCAUUUACAGAUUGUGGGAGAUGUGUUGGAUCCAUACGACGCAAACUAUUCGCUUACUCUGAAUGUCACAUUUAAGCCUAUCAUUAGGCAGAAUGAACCAUCGACAAUUUACUACAAGGCUUUAUACGGUGAGGCGAUACCGUACCAACGAAAGGAAGAGGAAGCGUUCGUUGGUGUGAAUAUCACGAAUGUAACUGGUUUUUCCAGUAACUGCUUGGCGUUUGACUCCAAAGGAUUUUGCACCGAGGACAGUGGCAACAGUGUGAUUGUGGAUUCAAUUCAUUUCGAUAAACUGUACGGUAUCACAUUUUGUGCCGUGAAGGAUAUAAAUAAUGUCGAAUUGCCGGAUAUAUUGGCACCCGGUAGAAUAUUCAAACCGAGAGCCAGUAAGAUCUUUGUCAAAGCACCAGCUGUCACGUUGCUGGUGUCUUUCGUCAUCGCCUUCUUUUGCUACGUAAACAAAAAACAAAGAAAAGAGAACAGACUAUACCGACUGAAAUUGGCUCAACUGGAACAAGAGAAAGGAAGUAGAUAUAUCGAUUUCCCGAAAAAACACGACAUUUGGGAGAUUGAACGUCGUAAUCUGAUUAUUUUUGAGGAAGAAAGACUUGGAAGUGGAGCAUUUGGAGCAGUUUAUUUAGGAAAACUUCUUGGCAAAUCGUGUGCUCACAAAAAUUCCAAUUCGCCACUUGGCGUUAAUCUUAUGCGAGCAGAAAGUUGUGAAGUAGCCGUAAAGAUGCUACCAGAAUAUGCUGAUGAUAUAUCGCGUGGUGAAUUCCUGAGAGAAAUCGGGCUGAUGAAAUCGCUGGGUUAUCAUGAAAGGCUGGUCAACAUGCUCGCAUGUAUCACCGAAUCCGAGCCGCUUUGUCUUGUGGUGGAGUACUGUAAUGACGGUGAUCUGCUACGAUUUCUUCGAGAACGCUGUAAAUACAUGCUAAAGCUUGACGCGAAUGGUGUUAACUAUCAUGAGCCACCACUCGACAACAAUUACGACAUAGACAUGGUGAUCACUCUGAAACAAUUGUUGAUGUUCGCUGUACAAAUCAGCUACGGAUUGGAGUACAUCUCAUCGAAGGGUUUCGUACAUCGUGACGUCGCCGCACGUAAUGUGCUCGUCCAUGGAAAAACCUCCUGUAAAAUCGGUGACUUCGGUCUUUGCCGAAAUUUAUACACGGACAAUUCCCACUAUAAGAGUAAGGGUGGUCGUCUACCGCUGAAAUGGAUGUCACCAGAAGCAAUUCGACAUUAUGAAUUUUCUGCGCAGAGUGAUGUGUGGGCAUUUGGAGUGCUGUUGUUCGAAAUCAUCACUCUUGGCGGCUCACCGUAUCCGUCUGUUCCACCCGAAAAAAUGCUACCAUUCCUGGAAAACGGUGGCCGAAUGGAACGACCUGACAACUGUCCAGAAAAUUUCUAUGAGGUGAUGUGCGAAUGUUGGACGCGAGAUCCAGAGAAAAGGCCGAAUUUCCUGUCGAUUCGCCAGAAGCUUGCUGCUCAACUGGAAAAAAUCACCGAAGAAUACAGCUAUCUGACACUCGAUGCUCGAAAAGACUACUACAACUUUCAGUAUGAUGACCCAAAGGUAAUUUUUUAA